AGCAGUCGCGGCGGUCGUGGCGUUCGAAAAUUCAAAUUCCUCAGGGCGAUUGACGGUGCUCGGACUCGAACGCGGAGGAAGCGUGCGCUGGUCGAAGAAUGUCCGGCGACGUGCAGCCGCGAAGACGGAAGGAGAAGCGGCGCAAAAAAGAUGAUGAAGAUACUGGAACCCCACCGCCUACUUUGAUCAGUCCAACCAAUACCGCCACUGAAGAUGUCAGCAUUCACAUCUACAAAGAAAGCAGUACCGGCGGUCAUUGGUGCGCGCGGAUUAUAUUCUUCGCUUUACUAGCUGUUCUUGUCGGAUUGAUCGGUAUAAUAAUAUUUGAACACAGAGGGACUGCGGAUGUCGAUACGCCGGUAGCGUCGUCACGCUGGGCAAACAUAUUCGAAGGUUGGGUAGACGAUUCACCGGCUAAUCGUAAUGGCAUAUCGCACGAUCAGGAGGAAGAAACGGCGGAAGCGAGUGAAGAGACAUUAGAAGAGGGAGAAAAGGAAGGACGUGAAGAAGAAGAAGAAGAAUCGGUGGAAGGAGAGCAGGAUGAAGAAGAAGAUGAGGAGAAAAAAGGAGAAACACAAGAUACGGAGGAAGAUGAAGGAAUUGGAGAGGAGGAAGAAGAAGCCGGAGACGACAACGCGGAGACUGAAGAAGCAGCAAACGUGAGCGAAAGCAAGGAGAACGAAGAAGAGGAUGAAGGUAUCGAAGAAGGGGAAGCCAAUGAUGAAGAUGAAAACGCACAGGAAGAAUUUGACGAUGCCGGCGUAUUGGAGGAAGUUGACGAGACGGACGAGGAAAACGACAUAGCGGAUAAUUUUGAUAUGGAGCUGGACGCGAGUACAGAAAUGACUGAUAACUCGCCAGAAGAGAAGGAGUAUAUGUCCGAGGAAUUUGCAGGUAUUCCCGGCGUUAAUGAAAUUGACGAUAACAGUGCCGAACCUCUGGAAGAGAUAGAAGGUGAAGAACUAGAGGAAGAUGUAAAUGAUGCGGAAGAUAGCGAAUCCGAGGAGGAGGAAGAAAUCGAGGAGGAAUCGACCAGCGUGCCUGUGAAGUUCGGAGUCGGUGUUGCACUAGUCGUUGCUGCGCAUUUUGUUCUCGUUAGACGAUGGAACAAUGUUGAUAUUGGUACUUGGGCUGAUUUGUCAAGACGUAAUACAAUAGUACCGCCUCCCCAUGUCAAGCAAGUAAUUAAAGCAGCUGAGAAAGUGGACAAAGCAUUCGUAGAAGCGAAAGUGAAAACUUACCAAGAUUUGAAAUCCAAGUACGAUAAAUUGCAAGACGAGACUGUGUCCUUGUCCGACAUAAAAAAACUAAUCCCGCAAGAUGAAGAGGUACGAGUAAAAGAGACAAAGUCAGCACCAAGUGCAGCUAAAGAAGAAACUAAUCGGAAUCAAUCUAAAGCAAUAUCAUCCGAAGAAGAGGAAGAUGAGGAAGAUUAUGAAUUAGAGACGUCAGAAGGCGAGCGUAUCUCCGGAGCAGAAGAAUACGAUGAGGACCAAGAAGAUGAAGAAGAAGAAGAAGAGGAAGACGAAGAAAUCGAAAAUGUUGAUGACUCAGAACUAAUAGCUAAGCUUGAAGCGAAAUAUGGAAAAUUACCCACUCCACAAGGUAGCGAAGUUGAAGAAGAAGAGGAAGAAGAGGAGGAAGAGGAAGAGGAAGAAGAGGAAAGGGAGGGAGAUGAUGAAAUGCCAAAAUGGAAACGUGUUCAAGCGCCAAAGGAAUCACACGUGGAGCCUCAAACAGCAUCCACUCGUCAGGCAGGAAUGAAAACUGAGCGAGCAAAUCCAAGUGGUCAAUCCAAAAGCGGAGGAAGAGCUUAUGAUGAUCUUAGCAAUGUGUCAAAUACAGACGAUGUGGUUACGUACGAAGAAGAUGAUUCAGAAUUCCAAGUUGGUAGAGAAUUUUACAAUUAGAGAAAAAAUAUAUACGUUGUAAAAUAAUUUUGAUAAACACACUUGUUUCCUUACCGGGGUGUCACUGUUAUCUUUGCAAAUGAUGUUACGUAUGCGAUGUUAUUAAGACAUUAUUAACACGACGUGUGUGUGUGUGUGUGAUCUGCGAAAAUUGUCAUUAUACAAUGACAAAUAUUGAAGUUAUCAUUGAAAUAUGAUAUAUAUGUACAUAGUGCUCUAAACUGAUGAAAUUCAUUUCCUUCUCAUUACGCACCUUUAAUUUAUUUUUAUCUAUAAAGACAAUAUAUGUACAGCUGAAUGGCCACGCUUUUUUCGCGGUGCUCGGAUAUACUGACGCAUGAAAACUCUCACGAGGUUAAUUCAAAAUGAUUGCGAUGUAAGAAAAGUAUAGUUUUGUUAUACAUAUAAGAUUAUUUUAUUCAAUUCUGAGAUAUAUUCGGAGCAUUUUACAAAGACAUUAUAUUCUUUGCGCAAACAGAACUUAUUUAAAGAAGACAAGAUCUACAUAGUUCCAUAUUGUUCAUUAUUGUAUAUGUACAUUUUUUGAAAAUAUAUAUAUGGUAUGUAUUUAAAAGAUGUGAAAUAAUCACAAUGUUCAUGUAAAUUUCAGUAAUCGACGGUGUACUUGAACUAUAAUUUGUGUCACUCGGCACAAAAACACGUUAUAAAUAUAUCGUACAAC